UUCAGUGAUUUUACCCUAAGAUCAAAGAUGGGGAAAAGGAAAAACAAAAGAAGAAAAGAAGAAAUUGCUGAGGAUUGUUGCUUUAUGUGCAAGGAUGGUGGUGAAAUGAGGGUCUGUGAUUCUAAGGAUUGACUUAAAACCUAUCAUGCUAAAAAUGGAAAAAAUGAGGGUGACUCUGAUUCAUAUGAGAUAGGUGAGGGGGAAGAUGUUAGCGAUGAUAGUGGUUCUGACUGUAACCUGGAUUACACAGCAGGGUUUCAAUCAGCCAGGAGAAAGAAGAGAUGCAUGAAAAAGAUAAAAUCAGUAAAAGGAUCAAAAGCAGCAAAAGAUAAGAAAACUGAUUUUGUUGGAUGGGGUUCAAGAAGCCUCAUGGAUUUUCUUAAAAAUAUCGGUAGAGACACGACCAAAGAGUAUUCUGAACUUGAUGUUGCUUCAGUCAUCAUUGAGUACUGCCAUGAAAAAAAGCUUUUUGACCCCAAGAAAAGGAAAAGGGUAAUAUGUGAUGCAAAUUUAAGUGCUUUACUACGGAGGAAAUCGGUGAACAAAAACAACAUACAAAACCUUAUGGCAUCACAUUUUGCUGAGAAUGUUGAGGAAACUAAUGAUGCCAUCAGUGGUUCAGAAGAAAUGGUUGAUGUAGAGGCAAUCAAUUUUCCAAAACAGAGAAAUCUGAACCCAACUACAAAAUCUUGUCAGAACGUAGUUCUUGACGAGCUUCCAAGUGGAUUUGCAUCCAUAAUUAGCUCAAACCUAAAACUUGUCUACUUGAAAAGGAGCUUAAUUGUGGAGCUUUUGAAGCAACCAGAAACCUUUGAUGGUAAAGUGUUGGGAAGUUUUGUUAGAACCAAAUCUGACCCAAAUGACUAUUUACAGGAGAAUUCCCAUCUGCUCUUACAAGUAACAGGAAUUAACAGGUCAAAGAAAGACGAACUCCACCAAGAAAUUAUGCUCCAGCUUUCUAAUGUUCCAAAAGAUGUACCUAUCAGCAAAAUUUCUGAUGAUGACUUUUUCUGAGGUAUUAAUACUGUUCUAACCAUAUUUUCUGCUGCAAUAUCCCCUAUUUCUGAAACCUGGUUGCAAACAAAGUUGCAGAGUUACAAAGUAAAAGUGGAAACUCAUUUUCUAAACAAAUUUCCUGUAAGAUGUUCAAUAUACUGUAUUAUUUCAUGCGUAAGAGCAUAGCUAUGGGUUCCUGAUGUGAAGGUGAUUAUAUAUUAUUGAUUUCAAAGCUUGUUGAUGUUGUUCAAUAUGAUUUGUGAUGUGGAGGUGAUUAUUUAUUAUUGAUUUCAAAGUUUGUUGAUGUUGUCCAUUAUGAUUUGCAUAUCCAUAUUCUUCAAGGAAUUAUGCCAAGGUUAUGGAUUCCUAAUUAUAGGCAUUAUCUGCAGGAAGAAUGUCAAGAUUUGUAUCAGAGAAUGACAAAUGGUCUGCUCAAAAAGCCAACUAUAGUAAGUUUGCUGUGUGUGAGUGAUUUAGUAUGUGCCAUAAAAAUAUUUAUGCUUGGUCAUCUGUUCAGAUAUGAAAAAGGUCCCUGUAAAUCUUUUCAGAUUUUAAUAGUAGGAAUUUAUUAUGUGGUGCAAUGUUAUGCUGGCUGUACUAGAAAAUAUCUGGAAAAGAAAGGGUGAUGAAUUUUAUUUAAUAAUAUAGUAAUAAAAGUAUUACAUCUGUGGAAGAUUCUGUCCGGUGA